AUGGCUGCCACUGUUCGGGACUCACGUGUGAGUGCAGGGAAAAAGCUGAAAAACUCCCUAAAAAAGAAGAAGAAGAUGAUGAAAAUGGUAGCCAGGGCUACAUCAUCUAAGCUGGAAGAUGAGGAAAAAGACGCUGCCGACAGGAAAGGUUCUGUAGGAAGCUGUGGCUUGGAAGAAGAUGACUUUUCUUCUUAUGAUGACGCAAUAGAAGCUGACAAUGAGGAGGAUGUUGAACCCUGUGACAAAGAAAAUGAAAAUGCCGCUGAAUCUAGUGUUGGAACAAAUACAGGCUGGGCAGAUGCCAUGGCUAAAAUUCUUAACAAAAAAACUCCUAAAAGUAAAUCCACCAUUCUGAUCAAAAACAAAGAGCUGGAAAAGGAGAAAGAAAAGUUAAAGCAAGAGAGACUAGAGAAAAGAAAACAGCUUGAUAAGAAGCGAGAGUGGGAAAUGAUGUGCAGAGUAAAGCCAGAUGUUGUCAAAGACAAAGAAACAGAGAGAAAUCUUCAGAGAAUUGCAACGAGAGGUGUGGUGCAAUUAUUUAAUGCUGUUCAGAAGCAUCAAAAGAAUGUUGAUGAAAAAGUUAAAGAAGCUGGAGGCUCUAUUAGAAAGCGUGCUAAGUUGGUAUCAACUGUUUCUAAGAAAGACUUCAUCAGUGUUCUUAGAGGAAUGGAUGGAAGUACAAAUGAGAAAAGUUCUACUGGGAAGAACUCUAAUGCCAAACAGACUGAAGUGAAAUCAGAAGAGAGUCCUGGAUGGAAUAUCCUACGUGAUGAUUUCAUGAUGGGAGCAUCUAUGAAAGAUUGGGACAAGGAAAGUGAUGGAUCAGAUAACAGCCAACCAGGAUCUGAAAGUUGA